CAAUAAAUCGAAUAUCUCAGUAAAAACAAUAUUCUUCCACUCGAGGAUUCUAUCAAACUCUAUGGUCGAGCUGUACCACGAGACUCCGUGGAUGUAUUAUUGAGUGAUCUCUGAAUAUUGGCAUUGAGCAAGCGGUGUCACAAUUCUAUUGAUGUAGCCACGAGUGAUGCAAAGUCCUAUGCAUUCAUUCGCUUUACACAUGUUUUAUGCAUGUCAAAACCGAAGGCCACCGGACAGAUUUUGAACAGCAGUGAAGCUUUGCUUUGACAAUUUUAUCAAACACGUUUUAAUGAAAGUCUUUGCAGUUUGUUUGUCGCCUCUUCGUGUCCACGCAUAGAAUGAGAAGAACCAUUCCUGAAAGGGCGAGGAGGCCUGACGUUAAGCUGGUUAUAUUAGGGGACAUGAAUGUUGGAAAGACUUCUCUGCUACACAGGUACAUGGAUAAAAAGUUUAACAAUACCAUAAGUACUGUCGGCGGUGCGUUCUACUUGAAACAGUGGGGACCGUACAACAUAUCAAUUUGGGACACUGCAGGUCGGGAACAGUUCCACGGACUGGGUUCCAUGUACUGUCGGGGUGCAACUGCUGUCAUCCUUACCUACGACGUGACCAACCGCCAGAGUCUGGCCGAGCUGGAGGAGCGCUUUCUGUCCCUCACCGACACAGCCAAUCACGACUGCAUCUAUGCGGUGGUGGGCAACAAGGCUGACCUUACUGACCCCCUCGCUGACAGAGAAAACUAUGAGGGAGUCUGCCCAGUCCACAAACCCAAUUACGCCUGCCAGCUCAUCCCUUCAGGCUCACCCACCUUGUUCUCCCCCGGGGCUGAACGAGAGGUUCAGAAGGAGGAUGCUGUGGCAUUGUACCAGCGUAUCCUCCGCUACAAAGCAGUCGAUGAGCAUUUGAGCCCACCGGCAGAGAGGAUGUGCUUUGAAACAAGUGCCAAAACUGGUGCUAACGUGGACACACUGUUUGAGACGCUGUUCGACAUGGUUCUGCCCUCCAUCCUGAGGAAGAGGUCGGAGAGCAAAGCCUCAUCCACCAUAGACUUGGAAGACUAUGGGCCAGUGACCAGCAAGCAAAUCAAGGGAGGCUGCUGCUAGACAAGGUGAAGUUGGUACAAGAUUCUUAUCCUGGGUCGGUUUUGCAAUUCACCUUGGAGUCAGCUGAACAGGACAAUGAAUCUGUUUGGGCGUGGGGUUUGUUUUGAAUGAUAAUGCACACAUGAAGCUACACGCUCACACACUGACCACACAAAUGUAUGUGCACCAGUGCUGUUUGUACUUGAUCACAAGGGAUUUGUCAUUAAGGGAACUUGACUGUUCAUAGUUAAAAGUUUAGAUUUCAUUCAUUCUCAUGUUUUUGAAUCUGUCUGUAUCUUAAGGUAAUUUGAGUUGGAUAAUGAUGCCACUUGUUUGAGCUGUUUGUCCCGGAGAGAAAUUAAUUUACACUACUUUUGUGCGAUUUUUAAUCAAUUGUGUAUUUUUUUCAAUUUUCCUUAAUGUGACCAUUUUAUCUCAGUGAUGCUUCUUCAAUAUAUGAACUUUCUGUGAAUAAAUUUCCUCUCAUAAAUAGGAAUACAUAGUUUAUCAUGCACAAAUCAAGGAUUAACAUUGUUUUUGGAGUACCAAAUUUGUGUUGUCUUCCUUGAUGUUCACAAGGAGCCCAGAAUGAUCCAGUAUGUGGCCACUGGGUUAAAAGAACCCCAUUUCACUGAGGAUAUCAUACUUGGGCUUGCCACCACAAUGCCCAAGGAGGAUUUACUGCAAAGACAGUGGCUAAGAAGAUGUCAAUCUAUUGUCUUUAAUUUACACCAGUGUAAUUCAAACAAUAUUUUGGCCAGAAACAUUUCACAACCCCAUCUCACCUGAAAUAUAUUUAUACAACAUUGUGAUUUUAACAUUGAUAACCUUCAGUUUCAUGUAUUUGUCUUCUUAAAAGAAACCAAUAAAUACUUUUAACAACAA